GGAGAUCAUGUUUUCCUUAAGGUUACUCCGACCACGGGAGUAGGUAGGGCGAUUAAGGUAAAGAAGUUGAAUCCUCGAUACAUUGGUCCAUUUCAAAUCCUGGAGAGGAUUGGACCGGUGGCAUAUCGGAUGGCUCUACCACCUCAUCUUUCGAACCUGCACGACGUGUUUCACGUGUCACAGCUUCGGAAGUACACCCCUGAUGCUAGCCAUGUGUUAGAACCUGAGUCGGUUCAGUUAAGGGAAGAUUUGAUGCUUCCAGUGGCUCCAGUCAGAAUCGAUGAUACUAGUAUCAAACGGUUGCGUGGAAAAGAGGUUUCAUUAGUCAAAGUGGCUUGGAGUCGAGGCGGUGUUGAGGAACACACUUGGGAACUCGAGUCAGAGAUGCGAACGGAUUAUCCGCAUGCCAAUGCUGAAGCACUCGGACAGCAGAUGAAUAACAAUAAUCACAAUGGGGAAAAUGGCAAAAAUGGGACUCAAGGUCAGAUGAUGUUGGUGACCUUUUUAAAGGUCAAUCCACCAAAGUUCAGGGGAACUACCAACCCAAAUGAGGUCGACACUUGGUUUCAAGCUAUGGAGCGCACACUACAAGCCCAAUUUGUGACUGAAGAACAAUGUGUUGAGUUUGCUACUUAUCUGCUCACUGGGGAAGUAUCACAUUAG